AUGGCUACAGUCCUCGACUCUCUCGUCGUUCCUCGCUCCUCCGCCCUGCCUUCCUCAGCUGCGCUCUCUCCAAUCGCCGCCGCCUCCUCGGUUUCGUCCUUGUCCGGCCGCUCUGGAUUGCGUCAUUACAGAGGCCUCAAGGUGGGGUCCGCUCUCCGAACUCGCUCUAUCGAAUCGCCGAGUUACGGUCCCGCUGCCGGAGAAGCUCGUCAUCGCCGAGGUGGGCUUGUAGUCUGCGAGGCUCAGGACACCGCUGUCGAAGUGCCUGCUGUUACUGAUGCAACGUGGCAGUCACUUGUCCUUGAAUCCGACUCCCCUGUUUUGGUUGAGUUCUGGGCCCCAUGGUGUGGGCCUUGCCGUAUGAUCCAUCCUAUAAUUAAUGAACUGGCAAAGCAAUAUGCUGGGAAGCUUAAAUGCUACAAAGUAAACACUGAUGAAGGUGCUACAAUUGCAACCCAAUAUGGGAUUCGAAGCAUCCCGACUGUCAUCAUAUUCAAGGGUGGUGAAAAAAAAGAUGCAGUUAUCGGCGCUGUUCCCAAAUCCACAUUAACCACCAGCAUAGAAAAGUUCUUAUAG